AUGCCUUCGAGUUCAAAGCAAAAGAAGCAAUCGAAGAAGGUAUCAUUGUCGAAUCCCGAAACCACUGCAUCCAACAAUAAUACACCUUCUUCUGAAACCCGCCAACCCGAACAACAACUUGCUUCUCUCUGCGAAGAAGCUUCCAGAAAGUUCCCAUCUUUCAUUGGAAAAUCAGCGUUCGUCGGCGAAAUCAGCGAUGUUGAGAUUACCCCUUUUCCAAAGGGCUGUAAAAUUUGGCUUUCCGAGCCUUCCAUGGUUGCCUCUUCUAUUGCUCCGGGUUACAUUGUCUCGGUGUCUAUUCCUUCUUCAAGGAACAAAAAAAGUGCACAAUUGCAUAGCUUUCCUCUCAAAUCAUUAGCUAGUGAAUGUGCCAAGUGCUACGGAUUGGAAAUCGGUAAGACAUCAUCUGAUGAUGAUGAUAGUGCAGGAAACUACUUUGCGCUUGCAACGGUUUUUCCUUCUAGUAAGGUUUUGAAGAAUGGAGUACGUCUGUCUUCAAAUCUUUCUUAUACCAUGGGAUGUCCUCCUUCAGGCACAAGUGUGUUUGUUCACCCAGUACAGAAACAGUCCUUAUCUUGUCUCGAAAAUGGUUGCAAUGAACUGCAUUCUGCGGAAAAUCAUUGUCUGUUGAUAUCUAAUUGCAAGGAAUUGUAUCUUCGGUUGGCUCCUUGUCCAAAUGGACUACCGUUGAAAAUUAAUAACUUACCCUCAUUGGCCUUGUCUAAGGAGAAAUCCCAUGUCCAAUCCGAGAAUGAUAUUUUUGCAUCUCCUAGAACACCUUCUUAUGGAUCAAAGUUUUCUAAUGCUAGUGGCUUGUCUUCUCCAGUAUUUGAAGAUUCAUCAUCAAGUGUACCCAAUCAGAAUAGUCAAUCAGUGGCUUCAUGUGAUGUUAGUGAGGCAUUAGGGGAUGAAAGUGCCAAAAAACUACUACAGACAUCUGCAACUUCAUGGUUAUAUUCUCGUCGUUUACUGCUAGGGAAUCUUGUCAUUGUGCCAAUCCCAAUGCUUUCAGAGUUGUGCAUUUUCCAAGUGGCAGGAGUUAAAAAGGUGCCAGUUACCAGAUCUGAUCAUUAUCCAUCGAACGGAAGCAGUAAUUUAUAUCCUGAGGAUUCUGAUAUAGCAGAGAAUGUAAAUCAGGCUUUCAUUGUCAAUUAUGAAACGAAGGUAUUUUUAUCACUGCCAUCAAAUGCAGCAUCUGAUGAGCCAGUUCAAAGGGAUUUAUCUUGUGUGAAACUUAAACACAAGGUUGCUAAUGCAAGCAUACGCGAUAAUAUUUCUAAAUUGGGUGGUCUAUCUAAAGAAUAUACACUUUUAAAGGGUAUAAUUUCUUCCUCAGUAAAAUAUGAUUUAUCAAGUUUUGGUUUACGACCUACAAGAGGAAUCCUUCUUCAUGGUCCACCUGGUACAGGAAAGACUUCCCUGGCUCAAUUAUGUGCUCAUGAUGCUGGGGUCAAUUUUUUCCCGAUAGAUGGACCUGAAAUUGUAACCCAAUAUUAUGGGGAAAGUGAGCAAGCAUUGCAUGAAGUUUUUGAUUCAGCCAUUCAAGCUGCACCUUCUGUGGUAUUCAUUGAUGAAUUAGAUGCAAUUGCCCCUGCAAGGAAAGAAGGAGGUGAAGAGCUAUCUCAAAGAUUGGUUGGGAGCUUAUUGAAUCUGAUGGAUGGAAUUAGUAGAACUGAAGGGUUUCUUGUAAUUGCUGCCACUAACAGGCCUGACCAUCUUGAGCCAGCUCUCAGACGACCUGGAAGGUUUGACAAGGAAAUUGAAAUUGGUGUGCCAUCACCCAAACAACGAUUGGAUAUUUUGCUCACUCUUCUCUCUGAAGUGGAUCACUCUCUCUCAGACUUACAAAUUGAAAACCUUGCCACAGUCACUCAUGGUUUUGUGGGUGCAGAUCUUGCUGCCCUUUGCAAUGAGGCAGCCUUGAUUUGUCUACGACAUUAUGCUAACUAUAAAAAAGCUUAUGAUGCUUGUUCUGAUAACAUAACAGAGCAACCUGCUCUGAUGAAUGGUGCAACAAACUCGAGAGAUCAUUCAGGUGUUGCAACUUCAUCUUUUUCUGAUAUCUCAACGGUUUCCAGUCUUGUAUUACCUUCCUGCAUGAUGGAAACAACUUCUGAAAAUAUGGAAAUAAUUCCUGAUAGUGGUGAAGAAGAGCAUAUUUUGAAAGUAAGUUUUGAAGAUUUUCAGAAGGCUAAGAUGAAAAUAAGACCCAGUGCCAUGAGAGAGGUAAUCCUUGAGGUUCCAAAGGUUAAUUGGGAAGAUGUUGGCGGCCAAAAGGAGGUCAAAGCUCAAUUGAUGGAAGCAGUGGAAUGGCCGCAGAAGUACCGUGAUGCAUUUGACCGUAUUGGGGCUUGCCCUCCAACAGGAAUACUGAUGUUUGGGCCUCCAGGUUGUAGCAAAACCCUCAUGGCACGUGCAGUUGCUUCUGAAGCAGGGCUGAACUUUCUAGCAGUCAAGGGUCCUGAACUCUUCAGUAAAUGGGUUGGUGAAUCUGAGAAGGCUGUCAGAUCGUUGUUUGCAAAAGCAAGGGCCAAUGCUCCAUCAAUCAUAUUUUUUGAUGAAAUAGAUAGUCUUGCUGUAACUCGUGGGAAGGAAGGUGAUGGUGUUUCAGUGUCAGAUAGGGUCAUGAGUCAACUUCUUGUUGAAUUGGAUGGUCUGCAUCAAAGAGUUGAUGUCACUGUCAUAGCUGCUACAAAUAGGCCAGACAAAAUUGACCCUGCCCUAUUAAGACCAGGACGCUUUGACCGUCUGCUAUAUGUUGGACCUCCAAAUGAGAUGGACAGAGAAGAGAUAUUUCGCAUUCAUUUACGGAAAAUUCCAUGUGGUUCUGAUGUUAGCAUUGAAGAGCUCGCUCGACUCACAGAUGGUUGUACUGGGGCUGACAUAUCACAAAUAUGUCGCGAGGCAGCUAUCGCAGCGAUUGAGGAGAGCCUUGAUGCUUCAGUUAUAACAACAAAGCAUUUAAAGAUGGCAAUCGAACAGGUCCAGCCAUCAGAAGUGCAGUCUUACCAAAAGCUGUCAGCAACGUUUCAAAGGGCUGUUCACUGCUGUGAUAUAAAAGAUGAAAUCAAUCCUAUGCAGUGCAACAGUGGUUCUACUUUGUUCAACAUUUGGAAGUUCAUAAAAUCUUGCACAUUGUUCCUCUAUCAGAUUCCAGCUGCCAUUUUACAUUCAAGGACUGCUCGAAGUGUAUGACCACAGUCCACGGAGAACUAUUCUGUUUCUCAUAUUCCAGUGACUGGGUUCAAAAGUGUGUGAAGCUUCAUCAUGGGGAUCAUGUACACUGCAAACUGACUAGGUUGAGCCUUUAUUUAAAGCAUGAGUGCAGUAUCAUGUUCGUCAUAUUCCUGUGGCUGGAUUUAUUUGCUAUGAAGCAUAAUCAUGGGGAUGAAUGUCUGCACCACCAGAGGAGUCAUGUAUGCCCAAAAUGUGCUGAAAACCCCAUGACUGAAUCAUGGUCAACCUUUUAUGCUGGAGGAUGAAAACAUUUUGAGUAUAAGUACUGAUUGUUGAUCUCACUUGGAAGUUGUGAUUGCUUCAAUGAUUGUUACUUUUUGAAGGUGAGAGGGUAGUACUGUUGUCUGAGGAACUCGGCCAUCUAUCUAUAUUUGUGAGCCUUUUUCAACAUACUCAGUUCUGUAGGUCUCUGCUACACAGUAUGUAUUCAAAAUCAGAAACUAACUGAGCUGUUUAAUAAACUUACAUCGUUUGAGGAAAAUGUACAGUGUAUUAACUGAGAGCAAUACAUGUACAGAUUACACUUGUUUUGGCCAUUCAAGAUGUAUGUUCAGUCCUGGUGAACCCUCCCCACUUG